CAGAGUUAUUGCCCUUAGGAAUGGCGACUCUUCCUUCGCUUUCUCCUCAGAUGGACCUCAAGAGAACAUUUACCCGAGUUUAAGUGUAGCAUGAAAUCAGAGGUGAGGAAGAAAUUGUAACAAAAUGGCCAAGAAGAGCAAGAGGAGAUCUUCCAACAGCAGCAGCAGCCACGACACCCUCACCAUGAUGGUGCGGGGACUCCGACGACUUGUCAUCAAGAAAUUUGGAGGGAUGAGGAGGUUUCUGUUGAUCGCAGUGUGUGUUGGAGUCAUUCUGUACUGUGUCCAGGCUAUACUGGCCGGAUCUAAUAGACAAAUAUGGGAUGUUCGGGGCUCAUGGAACCUGUCAGAUUCUCGCUGUGGGGUUAAGUGUGAGAACAACCAGCUUGCAUUCUAUGUCCGGACCGGAGACGGCAACAAGGCAGGACCAACCAUCUGCUUUGAGGGAGAAGUCUUAAUAAGCCCGGAAAUGAAGAACUUCGGCAGGGGGUUGAACAUCAUCUCCAUCAGUGAGAAGACAUUUGAUGUGACAGAUAUUAAGACAUUCGACACCUACGUUGAAGAUUCAGGGCUGAUUAGGUUCCUCAAGAAGAUGCCAGCGGAGACAGUCAUCAUCAUGACCAGUUAUGAUGAAGUCUCCUCAAGUCUGAAGGAAGAUGGGAAAAGAUGGCUGAAAUAUUUUGGGAGUUCUGGAGCUGACAACUUGCAGUUUCGUGAUGGCUUCCUAAUGAUUGGCCAGAAGGGGCUGCAGGAGGGCCACGCCAUUGAAUAUGUUGUGAAGAGAAAGAACCAUCAAGACUUCUCAGAUGUGAUGGAGAAAGCAGGUUGUUUUUCACUGCCAAUGGGCCCAAAGCGAGACCUGCAGAUGCUGUUGCCAAGGGUGAUCCACCAGAAGGAGAUGGAGCUGGGGCCAACCAUGGCCAACUGUGGGGUGCCGGAGUCCUGCGGCCCACACUCCUUCCCUGUCAGCGUCUUCUCUGGGGAGGGCAACAAGGUCCAGCCAGAGAUCUGCGUCAGUGGCCAUCUGAUGAUGACCGAGAAUCUGAAUAAUGGAGGCCGUGGGUUUAACGUCCUCGUUGUUGACCCAGAUAAUGGUGUUCCUAAGAUGAUCUCACGAGUGGACACCUAUACGUAUGACAGCACAGACUUGGAGAUACUACUGGAGUCCCUAGGAGACAGAGACAUCAUCAUCUCACUCGUCGCAGACGAUGGUGCCAAGAAGCUGGGUUAUAUGGCCCGGGAGUUGAUGAACCAGCUGGGGAGCGGACUGAUACAGAAUCUCCGCUUCAGAGAUGUCUGGUUCUUUGUAGGACAGAAGGGCAUCGAGGGCUUCACCCAGAUGGAGCAGAUCAGCUAUGCAGGAUUUGAGGGAGAAUGGCCAAAGAUUAUAAAGAAAUCAUUCUGUGUUCCCAGAAAAAUUAAAGGUCAGAAGAUUGUUCCUGAUCCCGACGUGUACCGUAAUGAUGCAAGGAGGGAGUUUUGUAAGAAGUAUGACGGCUAUCCAGAGUUCUGUGAUCCUACCCAUGUUGAUGAUUUCCUGAAGCCAGUGGGUGUUGUGGACAAAGCAUUACAGAGCCAUCGCAUCUUCUCCACACCCAUCAUUGUGGUGCCAGGGUUGAACCACAACGCUCUGGUGCGGACUCUGGAGACGACACUGAUGCAGCCAGGGAUGAAGCCAGACAUGGUGGCUGUCAUGUGGGAUGAGAAGUUUCCAGAGCACGGGGAAUUGGCCGAUUUGUUCGGCUUUAGAAAUGCCAGUUUAAAAGGCAGUGUGCAGUAUUUUGAACAAAUGGCCAAAGCUCUGAGAAAAAUAGAUCUGGUCUAUCCUGAUUCUAGUCAUGUGAUCGUGCUAGAGGAAGAGCUGCUGUUAGCUCCCAACUUCCUACAUUUUAUGUCUCACUUCCUCCCCGUGCUGGAUGCUGAUGACAGCCUCAUGGGCGUGUCAGCCUGGAACUAUAACGGUUUUGAGAAGUUGUCGGGGAAUAAGAAUCUCAUCUAUAGGGUAGAGGAAUUCCCUGGGCUUGGAUUCCUUCUGAAAAGCAAACCAUUUUUGAAAAUACUCACGUCAUCCAUACACAAGUGUUGUAAAGACAGGGCUUGGGCAGGGUGGCGGCUGAGCGUGGACUACAAAGGAGAAAUCCUUGUCCCAGACAUGUCCCGGGUCUUCAGACAGCCGUAUCAAGGAGCCGACACAAGUAAAGAGCUGGUGACACAGUUGUUUGGAAAACCCAGAACAACGCUUCUGGACGGACCAACACCACUGACUGGGAUGAGUAACUUGACAAUGGUCUUGUACGAGCAGCAGCUGAACCACAACAUCGCCAGCGGCGUCAGCUUCCCCAUCACUGACCUCCAGCUCUGUGUACAGAAAGUCAAGGACUUUGACUUGAAAAUCUCGCCAGAUGAAAAGCGGCCCCUGGUGGUAUUCUAUGCGCAGGACUCUCCCAGUGACUAUGCCUUGUUACGGGAGCUGUGUCGCUGUUUCGGGUUGUUUGCUGCGGAGCACUACAAGCCUCGCAACCUACACCGCGGACUGUUGCGAUUUUUCUUUCAAGGCCAUGAUGUCUACUUGGUAGGAUCUGCGACGGAGUACUUCAAACACAAACCGGCUCUUGUUUCCAUGAUUUCAAAGAAUCUGCUGCAGAGCUGAUUGACAGAACUUGCCUUUCUCUCAGGUUUGCACUGAGAGACUAUACAGGUACAAAUUUAAACAUAAGGAUCAUAUUUUUGCCACAACUGACUCAAACCUUUUCACAUUCAUGGCAUACUUUGAGAAAGAUCAAAUUGCAACUGAAGAUCAAAUGUGAUUGAAAUCCCAGAUGCUGGGAGGCAGGACUACUUGCUGAUUCGGGAGAUGUUACAGGAGCUCUAUGAUAGGUAGGCUGGAGGAGCUCCAGGACUGCUGCCUUUGAUCAGCCUCCACUGGACACAGGGAGUGACAUGUCAGACAUCUUAUCUGUUGAUCCUGUUGGAUUACCUGGCUUCAUGCAGCAGGUUAUUGUUGUACGGAGACGGUCUUGUCCACUUGAGGCGGUGUCCUGGAGGUGGAAGUAGUCUCUGUAUGUUGGGAUCACAUCCAAUGGGAGACGCACACACAGGAUAGUGUCAACACUCCCUACAUCUCCCAGACUCGAGUCCUUCAUGAAGACAUGUUAAAUUAAUGUGGGUAUUAGAGAUGCUAUAUGUUUAAGUGAUAUUUGAAACCUGUUGUAUAAAUGAAACAGGAUUAACUCAAGGUUUUUCAUCCCUUUCUUCUUUCUUAUGUGAUGCUUCAGUACAGGUGAUAGUGCGUUUAUCACUCACUGCCAACACUGCAUUGAAAGAAAAAAGCACCGAUCUAUUCGUCAAUCCUGUUUUUAUUUUGAGACACGUUUUUAGAUGCACUUUUCCACCAGCCUGAGGAUGGUUAUUAAUGGUUUUGGAAAUUCUGGCAGGUCUUGUAUUUCAUUGACCAUAUUUGAUGUAUUAAGUGUCUUGCUGUAACAUUUACAACCUCUAAACGAAAGUAUUCAAUUGUAAAAAGAUAAUGGAAAAUUUCCUUUUUGUCUGUGUUUUCAGUAUUUAUAUGUUAGUAUGUUAAGAAGUUCAACUUCAAUAAAACAAGGUAGAAUAGGUAGUCUCUUAUAACUGCCAACCCAUCGGAACUUUUAUGUACCCUGGGCACUUAUUACAUUGAAUAAGGUGAUUUACUAGAUGCUUAUAUAUGUACGAAGAGAAGCAUUACACCAGCCUAUGUAUAGUAUAAGCCUACAUAAGUUACUUUGGUUAUUUCGGGCAUAUUUUGGACUGAUGUAGAAUCAUAUGGCCUCUGAAUGACAUCAAUCAAAGAAAGAGAUGUUGAACUUUAUCUGUAGAAGAGUUGAGCAUGGGUCUUAAACUGGAUAGUUUAGGAAGGCUAAGGGAAAGGUUAUUUUGGAAAGUACUUCAUAAGAAAUCAGUCUCCUUUCUGUUAUAGAUUUAGCAAUGUUAAACUAAAUGCACAUUUGAUACCGUAUGAAAAACAUCAAGACUUUAAAAGAGAUUCAGAUCUGAUACUGUGAUUAUUGGGGGAUUUUGUACACCUGGUGGAUUUGUUACAGAAGAUAAUCAGGUACAGGUGUUGUUGUGAAAUAUUCAGAUGAAAAGAGAAAAUUGUGAUUGAACUUUGUUUAAAGGACGUGUAGAUCUGAAUAAGUUACUUCAGAAAUGACGUCACUGAAUUCAUCAGCCAUGAAAGUACACUGCAUUGAAAUUGAUGGUGAAAGAAUUUAAACCAGAUAAUUUCCAUACCAUUUUUGUUUGUUCAAAGUUUGGGACUGACAAAUAUUGGGUGGGACUGGUAAUUUGUAUAGUUGCCACUCCACUGGGACUGGCAGUUUCAAAAGCCCGGCCUUGAAGUUUGAACAUGGCUUGUCCUCAAGGGUAAUGUCACCAUAUGAUAUUUCUUUUGUAUGUUUGUGCCCGAUCAUUCAGAUCAUAUUUAUACAGAAUAUUAUGCCAUAUUUGGAUAAUAUUCAAUACCAGCUGAAAUUCAGUGUCUGAUAUCACCAUGAAAACGCAAUCCUUUGUAUCAAUAUGAAAGUGUAUCCUUGAUCAUGUUGGUUUUACUGAAAAUGGUAGUAAAUCUAUCAUUGAAAAUGUCUAAGUCAUGUCUUCCUCCAGCUGAUACUGAUGUGGAACUGUUUAACAUUAUCAUACCCUAUUUUGUAUGAAUAUUAUGGACACUGAUUCAAGCUAAUGUCCACAGAAGUAUGUUUGUUUGAAGUGUUUCAGUCUUACCAUUGUUUCAUUUUGCUGUGUGAUCAACUGUUUAAGAUCACUGAAAUUGUAUUUUUUUCAACACUAGUCAUUUUAAGCUUCAAAUUGUGAUGGAGAAAAUGAGUUUAACAAGUAACUAUGAUUUGAGGUCUAUAGUGGAUCAAUAUUUCCUUUUCCUUGAUGUUCCUUUUGCUAUGUGGUGAAUGUCAUGUUGUCCUAUUGUAACUGUGUGUUACAUGAUGUCAAUAACUAGGAUGUCAUGUGUGCUAACUUAUUCCUCAAUGCCCAGCAAAGUAACAGGGCUUGAUUUAAUCAUGAAACAUGCGGGGUAGAAUAGGUCUUCAGCAACCCAUGCUUGCCGUAAGAGGCGACAAUGCUUGUUGUAAGACGAUACUAACAGGAUCGCUUGGUCAGGCUUGCUGAUUUGGUUGAUGCAUGUCAUUGUAUCCCAAUUGCAUAGAUCGAUGCUCUUGAUGUCAAUCACUGGACUCUAUUAUUUACAGACGGCCGUCAUAUAACUGGAAUAUUGCUGAGUGUGGUGUUAAACAACAAACAAACAAACAAACAAACAAACAUAUAAAGCAUGUACUUGUGCAACCUGAUAUUUUUUUAUACAGUGUACGUCAAGACUGUACAAAAAUUGUGACUGACCUACUAAACAUCUUUUGUACAGAAUAUCAAUCUUUGAACCUGAUGCACUUUAAAUACCAUAGUACAUCAUUAUUUCCAGUGUUAUGUGUAAUUUGUCAUUGUUCCUUGUGCUUGAUGUCAUCAAACUCUGGGUACUUUAUGAUUAUGUUAUACAUCAUACAUUUUUGUGAAUGCCAACCAUGAUUGAAAAGUUAUCAUGACAAGCUGUCUGAGGACAAGGAGCUGAAGAAUCGCCUUGUAGCAGUGAUGAUGAUAUUGCCAAUGACAUUCAAUUGUGGUUAAGUAGCUUCAUUUACCACUGAACACCACAUUUGGGUUAUGAAUACUACCAAUUAAUGACAAUCAUUUCGCAAUUGCCAUUGUUGCUUCAUGUACCGAGAACUAAAUAACAUUGAUAAGUGAUCUGAGAUUGUAAUUUACGAAUUACACACAUUUUUGGUAAAUAGCUACUGUUUAAAGUGCAACCUGGUUUAGUCUGGUGCAACAUGCACUACGUGUAAGCUAUAUCUAGCUCCUUAAAUCGACGCCUGUUAGCUGUUGAGUUGAGAUUGCAGUGUGACUGGAAUAUGAUGGCAUUGUGGUUUGGGGGCGGUCGGGUAGCCUUGCGGUUAAAGCGUUCGCUCGUCACGCCGAAGACCUUGGUUCGAUUCCCAACAUGGGUACAAUGUGUGAAGCCCAUUUCUGGUGUCCCCCGCCGUGAUAUUGCUGGAAUAUUGCUAAAAGCAGCAUAAAACCAUACUCACUCACUCACUCACUCACUCACUCACUCACUCACUCACUCACUCACUCACUCACUCACUCACUCGUGGUUAUGGCCAUUGCACAGCAGCUCUAUACAGUUACAUACAAUAUGAAUUUACAGGUGAACUCAAUUUUUCUGUAUCACUUUUGCUAUAAAUGUGUUUUUAACGAGAUUUCAGUUUAUUACAGUUGAAUCAUAAAGUUUUUUGUUUUAUUUAUUCACAGAACACGCUAUGAUGUGUUCCAUGUUGUUAUGGUGCUUUGUUUAUGUACUCAUCUGUAUCCUUGCCGAUAUGUUCAGGAGAUGUCAUUGAUGUACAUAGAGUGUCAUUAUUAUAAGCAGCAAGUGACUUUGUUCAUGUUAGUUUCAUUCUGGUAACUACAUUGUAAUUUGACAUAUGUCAGCUGUGGUUGUUCAACAGAAAGCAUUUUGUUUCCUGUUGACAAGAUAAAGAGGCAUAGACAUUAAUAGGGUAAUCCAUAAGUUCAUAAACUGCCUAAUCUUUGAUCUUGAUGUACUGACUGAUGUACUAUUUGUUGUACUGACUAAUGUUCUAAUUGAGGAACUGACUGGCCUGUACUGACUGAUGUACUAACUGUACUGUACCGAUUGAUGUACUGACUGUACUGUAUUGACUGAUGUACUAACUGUACUGUACUGUACUGACUGAUGUGCUGACGGUGCUGUACUGAUUGAUGUACUGACUGUACUGUACUGACUGAUGUGCUGACGGUGCUGUAUUGAUUGAUGUACUGACUUUACUGUACUGAUUGAUGUACUGACUGUACUGUACUGACUGAUGUGCUGACGGUGCUGUAUUGAUUGAUGUACUGACUGUACUGAUUGAUGUACUGACUGUACUAUACUGUACCAAUUGAUGUACUGACAAUACUGUACUGAUUGAUUUACUAACUGUACUGUACUGUACUGAUUGAUGUGCUGACGGUGCUGUACUGAUUGAUGUACUGACUGUACUGUACUGAUUGAUGUACUGACUGCACUGUACUGAUUGAUGUACUGACUACUUUAUUGAUUGAUGUACUGACUGUACUGUACUUAUUGAUGUACUGACUAUACUGUACUGAUUGAUGUACUGACGGUGCUGUACUGUACUGAUUGAUGUACUGACUGUCCUGUACUGAUUGAUGUACUGACUACUGUAUUGAUUGAUGUACUGACUGUACUGUACUGAAUGAUGUACUGACAAUACUGUACUGAUUGAUGAACUGACUGUGCUUUUCUGAUUGAUGUACUGACGGUGCUUUACUGAUUGAUGUACUGACUGUACUGUACUGACUGAUGUAUUGACUGUGCUGUUCUGAUUGAUGUACUGACUGUACCCUACUGAUUGAUGUACUGAUGGUGCUGUACUGAUUGAUGUACUGACUGUACUGUACUGAUUGAUGUACUGUUGGUGCUGUACUGACUGAUGUACUGACUGUACUGUACUGACAGGCCUGUACUGAUUGAUGUACUGACGGUACUGUACUAAUUGAUGUACUGGCGGUGCUGUACUGAUUGAUGUACUGACUGGCCUGAACUGACUGGUCUGUACUGAUUGAUGUACUCACAUCACUGUGAGUACUAUGUACUCUGAUUUAUAUAUCUCGAUAACUAAAUUAAUCAGUUAAUUCAGAAUGUAAAUAAUAAAGGCUGUGACAUUAUUAAAUAUGUUAUACAUCCUGUUGUUUCUGGAUGCUACCAUAUCUACACCCAAAGGGGAGUACCAUGAAAGGAAUAUUUGUGUUCUGUGUGGGUUAUCAUUUAUUGAAAUUGAAAUUUCAGGUUUGAGGGAGUAAAGAAGGUAAGCCAGAUCAUUUCACAAAAAUUGACAUCUGAUUGGCACCCUUCAUUUAGAUUGGGCAGUCAGUGUUUGCUCAGGGUUUCCCUGACGAGAACUUCUAUGGAUCAAGGGCUUGUUCACAAUUCACGAAGACAAGUAUAAUAUUGGAGUAGAAGAUCUUUUUGAUAUUGAUGUUUUAAUAUGACAAAGCACUAUGUCAAACACAAGGUUCUGGAAAGUAUGACUGUCAUGAUGAUGGAAUGGUUGUUCUGAAGUUUUUACCAGUGUGACGUAUAGUCAAACACACUUACUUACAUGUGUCACAAUGCUUUAAUAUUUUCCUUGUCUAGAUGUGUUUACUGCCUUAUCAGUUACUUGAAAUAUUUUAUGCACUUUUACCUUUGUUUGAGAAAGGUAGAUCUGUCAGUUAGUAUUUGAUCUUUCUCAUUUUCAAGAGAUGAACAUUUCUCUAAUAUUUUAACUAGUAUAAUAUUCCAGAUGUACAGGUUGGUUAUUCCCAGAAGGUAUUAAAAGACAUGAUGCCUGAUAGAUUAAUGCUCCUGUUUAAUGGACAAAUCUACCGUUUUGUUAACAUUUCGUAUUCAAGAGUUAGCUUUAUAGGAAGUUAACAUCAAAUCAACUUACUUUUUUGUAUUUACUUCAUGCUACUUAGCAUGGUCAACAGAACUAUCUGUAAUUAAUAUUAACAGGUCAACAGGAAAGUUGGAUAGGGUAUUUGUUGAUUGGUACUGUUGAUGUCAUGCACCAACCUUGUGUUUUGAAAGCAUAAUACAUCUAGAGACUUAUUUGUUAUCCUGUUCAGGGAAGAUACUUUAUGCGAAAUCCAUAUAGUCCACAAUCUUGCUUUGAGGCAAGGUUGUUUUGGGUAAAACUAACUGUCCUAACUAUUUAUAUAGUCUUGGUCUAUGAGUAUUUCUUAUGAUACCAUUGCAGGGUGGAAAAAUAUUCCAGCUUUAAUUUGAAGUCAUUGGAUCAUGUUGUGUUUGUGAGUCAGUUGAUAUGUUCAAUAAAGCAUCAAACUUUGAAGUAUCGUAAGUGUGAUGAGCAGUUAUGGCUAAUUCAGACUGAAAUGCUGUGAACAUUCGUCAUUGACAAUUUAUGUUAUUGGCAAACAGCAUUGAACUUCAAGCAAAGCAUUGAGAGAUCAACAAUAAACACGAUGAACUAAAUGCUUUGAUUAAACAGGAUAUACUUUUUGUGUAUGUUUGAUUGAACAGGAUAUACUGUUUGUGUAUGUUCGAUUUGCUUCUAAACUCCAACAUGUCACAUUAAAUAAUGUUAUGUCAUCA